AUGCUGGGGGAGAGCCAGCAGCACCGGCCGGGCGGCUGGGAUCGCUGCAGGGUCGGGGAGAGGCUGCACGCGGCCUUGGCCGGCCUCCAGGAGCUCCAGGUGCUGCGGGAGAAGCAGCGGGCGCUGGUGAGCGGAGCCCUGGCCAUGCAGCAGCAGCCGGCAGCCCGAGGGGACCAGGCGCGUAGCAAGGAGCACAGGCUGGAGGCCACGCUGACUGCCUUGAAGGAACAACUGUCACGUUUAAGGAGACAGGAUGUUGGCUUGAAAAGUCACCUGGAUCAGCUGGACCAGCAAAUAAGUGAACUGAAGCUGGAUGUCAGGAAGUCCUCUAGCGAAUACCUCGACAGUGACAGCAGACCCAGCUCAGGCUUUUACGACCUGAGCGAUGGUGGUUCCUGCUCACUAUCCAACUCUUGCACAUCUGUGUACAGUGAGUCCAUAUCCUCCUCCCACACCAGUCUGUUGCCGAGCUGUCAGCAGCCCAAAACACGGCUCAGUGUCUUUGAUUAUCGGCCCAAGUCUGCAGAUGAAACCACUGUGCACACCACUAAGUUCCAGCACCAGGGAGUCUAUGUCAGUGAUGGAUGUCGAAUCAAGGCUAGCACGGACAUUUCUGGAACUCCUGCCAGGUCCAGACCAAGGCCAGUUUCCACAGGUGACCUGGAAAGAUGUCUACCAGAAGACACUGGAUUUCAGAAAAUGACAGACCCCAAAUCCGUGCCCCCCCUUUGUCAUGGAGUGGAAUUCCAGUUCCAGAGUGUGGACCCAAAAUACCAAAAUGACUUGGUCUCCAAGAGCGGCAAUGAUGUGUAUCCUUACCCAAGCCCUCUUCAUGCUGUGGCUUUACAAAGCCCACUUUUUUCUCUGGUGGGGGUACCAUUGGAAACAGACAACCACUCUUCCCCCAGUAAACCCAUGCCUAGUGUCACAGGUCCUAGCUUGAUUAGGACUAGGCCAGUCAUUGAGGCCAGGCCAGGGGGUUAUAUCAACAAACUGCUGCAGCUGACAAGAUGCAGAGGGAACAAUCAUGCAGAUGCCAGUGAGAGGGUUUCAACAAAGAGCCAGCCAUCCACAGUGCCCCAGAGACUCAUUAUAACCCCCAGCACUGGUGGAGUGAAAAUUAGCAGCAGCAGCAGCAGCCAGCUGGAAAAACAAGGGAGCUCUCUGGAAGGUAACAAAGCUGAAGGGAAACUGCAGAGGGAGGUGCCUGAAGGGGAAUGUGCCAAGCAGCAGGGGACUGUUCACUGUGUGAAUGUAGAGCAGCCAUCCACCCUGCCUGACCCAGAGUCAUCAGCUGUAAAUAGUUGUUACCCUGCCAAGUCAACAGCCAGAGGCUCUCCUCUGGCAGAAGCAGUGGGGAGAGGCCUGGAGCACAGUUCCUCCUGCUCACAGAUAUGCUACGAGGUCUCUAGUCCAGGUAUCUUGAACACUAAAGCUAUCCUUCCCAGAAAGCCUAACAGAAGGUGCAGCACCCUCAAGCUGGCUAAUGCGGGGGGUGAUGAGCCAGUGACUCAGAGUGAAUUUGUUCACGCCCAGUUUGUCCCUGCAGAAUCCCAUCAAGUCAGAGUGAGGUUUGCCAGCUCCAAAAUGAAGUCUGUGAAGGUUAAGAGAAGGAACAGUGAGAAGGUGCUAAGGCCUGGGAAGCAGACCCUUUGUGCAGAAAAGUCAAGGGGACCCCAUGGAGCUGCCAGGCUGCCUGUUGAGUGGAAUUUGCCUCAAAAACAGCACGGAGGAAAGAGCCUUGUCAGGAGAUCUACAUACGCUGGAGAGGUUACUGGCAGGUCUUGUUCAGAGUCCAGCCUAUUCCCCGUGCAAUUCCGAAUCCCCCCAGCACCAUCCAGGCCUGAACUUUACCGGGCAUCUGCUAAUGCACUGUAUUCUCUUGAAACGGCUUACAUAGACACAGCCACCAAGAAAAAACAGCGUAAAUGGCAGUCCACUGUGGAGAUCUCAGCAAAGGCUCACCUUGCCAGCCUCUCUAGUGGCUUUGGCCUAGGGCCACCAAGACAGCCAGUAAGGAGAGAUGGGGUCCUGCGUACUGUAAGCAUGAGGGCACGUUCGAAGCAUCACCGCCAUGGAACAUAUGCCAAAAGCGAGUCAGACCAUUCUGAAUACUCCGCUGAAUGUGCUUCCCUUUUCCACUCCACCAUUGCAGAGACCAGCGAAGGCGAGGUCAGUGAUUACACAACCAACUGCUUUGGGGACAGCGAGUCCAGUGAAAGUGAUUCAGAGGGCAGCAGCAAUAGCAGCAGCCUCACUCUUGACUAUGAUGAUGCCGAUGAAAGCGAGUUGGUCUGGCCCGAAGCUUCUGUCAGGCAGCCAGCAGCUGUCCAGGCCUCUUCCAAGCCUCUUCCCCCCAUGCCCAAAAUCUGUCGCAUCAAAGCUUCAAAGGCACUGAAGAAGAAGAUUAGGAGAUUCCAACCUGCUAGUCUAAAGGUUAUGACCAUGGUUUAA